AUGCUUACCAGUGUUGGGCCUGUCGGGAUGGCAGUGCAGAAGGUACUGGAGGUAUGCCUCCCCAAGAAGAACAGGGAGAACGAGGCUGAGGCUGAGGAUGACUGUGACCCUCAACAGGCAGUGGACGAGCAGCGGCCGAACCUGGUUCAAGUUGAAGACUCAAAUACUACGUCGAACAGGAGGGUCAUGAUCACGAACGGAAGACUCAACCGCGUACUCAACUCGAGCACCAAGAUGCUCAUGAAGAUGCCACGGACCCGCGAUCUGGUGCUGCGCUUGCGCAGCAAGGACCCGGAUGAUGAUGUUGCGGCUCGCAAUGUAGCCGCCGCAAGGACGGCUUUCGACGUGGCCAAGGACAUGUGGUGUGCCGCCAAGGAGGCCCUUGAGGCAGCCAUCGAUGACAAGAAAAAGAAUGGCGCCCGCAACGGAGGCGAGAACAACAAUGCCCUUCACGAGGAGGAGGAUGCCGAAGAGAGGGUCACGAUGGCAGAGCAGGUGUUCAACGUCGCAGACAGGGCGUUUCAGAGCGCAAGCAAGGUGUUCAUCGAAACGCAGAAGGUCGUCGAGGAGAAGAAGAUGGUUGAUGCCCUGGCAUGGGCCUUUGAGUUCGAAGUGAUGGCGAGGACUCUUGGUGAUGGAUCCUUCGGGAGGGAGAUCGUGCAGCCGGAGAACCUCGCGGCGUCGGUACCGUACCGCUAUGCUGUGUGCGGUUGGCUGCAGGCGUGCCUCUGCCAGCCCCGUCACCUCCGCCCAAGCAUGGCGUCCUCGGUCAACAUGCUCACGUGCCUCAAGGAGAACAGGGAGCCGCCUCCGAUGGCAAUGCUGUUGUACAUGUGA